GCGACGUAAGCGCCAGCUGUCAUUGUGGAUAAAAUAAAGUUUAGCCCCCCGCCGUGGUAGAGGAACAACUUUUAAGUCAUACUAGCUGAGUGACUACGCGGAGAGAUGAGCCAGAAGCGGGAGCGCAGAGGAAUCCGUGUGGACCAGUCAGAGCUGCUGUGCAAGAAAGGAUGUGGUUUCUAUGGCAAUCCUGCGUGGCAGGGUCUCUGCUCCAAGUGCUACAGAGAAGAGCACCAGCAUCUUCGACUGAAACAGAUCGAGGAGGACAGGGCACUGGCAGAGAGGUUGCAGAGGGAGGAGGAGGCUGCCUACGCCAGCAGCCAGGGGGCUCAGACCCAGCCCAGACUGGAGGAAAGGAAAGCCAAUGAAAAGACAAGCAAGGUGACCACAGUGAAGAAGUUUUUCAGUCCAUCAUCACGUGCAGCACCAAAGAAAGAGAGCUUGGAGACCAAGACCCCCAACCCAUCUGUCAGUAGACAGUGCAGCGUAGAGACCGACCGCACGACUCGCGACUUCAUCAGCUUCCUGAAGAACCUGCAGAAGCCAGGCCGCGAGAUCUACAGGCAGUCCCAGGCCUUCCUGGAGAGCAUGGGCAGCAAAAAGCAGGACCUGAGCGCUGAUGAACUCUCUGAGUGUGUACAGGACUUCUACCAAAACCUGUCUGAUCAGCUGCUGUCACACUUUAAAGGGUCUAGGGAGAGUGUGGAGCGAGUGAUGGACCAGGUGGAAAGGUAUAUUAUGACAUACCUGUAUAAGGUCGUCUUUUGUCCCGAAACCGCAGACGAUGAGAAGAAAGACUUGGCCAUACAGAAGAGGAUUAGGGAUCUACACUGGGUUACUGCUCAGAUGCUGUGUGUCCCUGUGGAGGAGGAGAUCCCUGAGGUGUCAGACAAUGUGGUCAAAGCUAUCACAGAGGUCAUUGAGAUGGAUUCCAAGCGCGUGCCCUGUGACAAGCUAGCCUACAUCACCCGCUGCAGCAAGCACAUCUUCAACGCCAUCAAGAUCACCAAGAAGGAGCCGGCAUCCGCCGACGACUUCCUGCCCACCCUCAUCUACAUUGUCCUGAGGGCCAACCCGCCCCGGCUACAGUCCAACAUCCAGUACAUCACCCGCUUCUGCAACCCCAGCCGCCUCAUGUCCGGGGAGGACGGCUACUACUUCACCAACCUGUGCUGUGCUGUGGCCUUCAUCGAAAAGCUGGACGCUCAGUCUCUCAACCUGAGCCCGGAGGAAUUUGAGCGCUACAUGUCGGGGCAGGCGUCCCCCAGCGGGCCGGAGACGGGGGCGGAGGACCUCAGCCAGCUGUGCGGCAGCCUGGACCUGCUGGGCGGGCCGGGGCUGCAGCAGGAUCGCUUGGCGGAGGGGCCACGGAGGCUUGAGACCGACCUGAUCGACUGGCAGGCCAGCGUGGAGAACGACACACAGGACGUCCUGGCCGAGCGCCCCCCCGAGGCCCAGCCCACCGCCUCUGCCAUCGACUCGGACAACGUGGACAGUGACAGGCUGCCUCCCCCUCUCCAGCCCCAGGUCUUCGCAGGCUAAGGUUCCCUAACACCCCUCCCCCACCACUCACCCACCCAACCUUUCCCCUCGAGCCCCUCGUUUUCCACCAACACAUUCCAGAUCAGCUCUGCUCACCUCUCCUGCGACCUCUCACUCCUGGGAACAGAGGUAGCGCACGACCCACCACCCAAACAGGCUGCUUAUACCGCUCAGCCUUUCCAUUUCUGGUGCCACCUUAGUGUAGGGCUCCCCAUCACACAGGCAGGACUUUACCCUCCCAACACUGACACUUGGACUGGAGACGGACUGUCUGCACACUUCCUCCAGAUGUCUCCUGUCACAUAUCUCCAGUGUGUGUGUGUGUGUGUGUGUGUGUGUGUGUGUGCGCAUGUGCUUGCCUGCAUGGUGACCACCACUUUGGGCAUUCUCUCUUCUUUGUAGGACUGGUGCCGUAUCAGUGUGCUGAUAUCAUAUAAAUCUGGGAGACAUAGAACCAAAGUUUGUUUUUCUUUCUCUACCUCACUCACUGUCUGUCCCCAUCUUGUCAUUCAUAUGAGCAGUCUGUCUUGAGAGGUAGUGUGAACAUUAACUAUCCAGUAUGGUCAUGGAAUGCUGUUAAACACUAAAACAUGUUAAUUCAGUGAAACCUGCUCUGAACUGAUUAUUUGU